AUGCCGCCGAAAUCUAGAUUCACAAGGCUAGAUGCCUUCACAAAGACGGUGGAUGAGGCGCGUAUACGCACCACCAGCGGAGGCAUUGUUACAAUUGCUUCGCUCCUCAUAGUAAUCUACCUCGCCUUUGGAGAAUGGGCGGACUAUCGCCGUAUUGUCGUGCACCCGGAGUUGGUGGUGGACAAGAGCAGAGGAGAGAAGAUGGAGAUCUGGAUGAACAUUACAUUCCCAUACGUCCCGUGCGAGCUUCUCACGCUUGAUGUUAUGGAUGUGUCGGGCGAGAUGCAGACGGGUGUCAAGCAUGGAGUCAGCAAAGUCAGAUUGAACUCCCCCGACGCGGGUGGUGGAGCUAUCGAUGUGAAAGCACUUGAUCUGCACUCUACCGAAGAAAAAGCCGCUCACUUGGAUCCAUCAUACUGUGGCCAGUGCUACGGCGCCACACCCCCACCGAACGCACAGAAAGCAGGAUGUUGUAACACCUGUGACGAAGUACGAGAUGCCUACGCGUCUGCUUCCUGGGCAUUUGGCCGGGGCGAAAACGUCGAGCAGUGUGAGCGCGAACACUACAGCGAAAGACUGGAUGAGCAGCGCAAGGAAGGUUGCCGCAUCGAAGGUGGGGUCCGGGUAAACAAGGUCAUUGGCAAUUUCCAUAUCGCCCCAGGACGCAGUUACAGCAAUGGCAACAUGCAUGUCCACGACCUGGCCAAUUACUGGGAUACUCCGAGUCUGGAGCGCGGACACUCUUUCGCGCAUACCAUCCACCAUGUGCGCUUCGGCCCUCAACUGCCUGAAGGGCUUUCGAAGAAGUUUGGUGGUAAGAACCAGCCAUGGACCAACCACCAUCUCAAUCCUCUUGACGGCACACAACAGCAUACGCGCGACCCCGCCUUUAACUACAUGUAUUUUGUCAAGGUCGUCUCAACCUCCUACCUCCCCCUCGGAUGGAACAGCAAAAGUGCAGCUAAAACCCAGAUUAGCGAGGAGAACAUUGGGCUUGGAGCUUAUGGCCAUGCUGUGGAUGGAAGUGUCGAGACUCAUCAGUAUUCUGUGACUAGCCAUAAGAGAAGUCUUAGCGGGGGGGACGACGGCGCCGAGGGCCACAAAGAGCGCCUGCAUUCUCGCACUGGUAUCCCAGGCGUUUUCUUCUCAUAUGAUAUCUCACCUAUGAAGGUUAUCAACAGGGAGGAGCGUACUAAGACCCUAUCCGGUUUCAUUACCGGUUUAUGUGCGAUUGUCGGUGGUACUCUGACCGUGGCUGCCGCCGUGGAUCGCGGUUUAUAUGAGGGAGUAUCGCGGAUUAAGAAGUUACAAGCGAAGACUCUCUGA